GGACACACUGCACACUCUUGGCUGAAACCUGAGGACCAUUGCUACAAAGCAAAUGUUUUAACUUUGAAUUUUGUGGAAAUGAAAAGUCAAUGAAGCUAAUUCUACUUUACUUUGCAGCGACAAAACAAGGUGCCGAUCAGUACAUCCUUAACACACAAAGCAUGGUUUGGACUGCUGCUCGGGAUUACUGCAGAACACACUACACAGACCUGACCAGUCUAAGGAAUGAUGCUGAGUACCAGAUAGUCCAGCAAGUAGCCAAUGGCAAUGAAGUUUUUGUUGGUCUCUUCAGAGACCCCUGGGUGUGGUCAGGCCAGACUGACUCCUCAUUUAGAUACUGGAACCCAGACAUGCUUGUUCGGACUAAUGACCAAGAAAACUGUGUUGCUAUGUUGAAGGUAAAAUCUGGUAAAUGGGGAGACAGGGCAUGUAGAGAAACACAUCCAUUCAUUUGUAACUGCAUAGGGAACAAGCUGAGUUUCAUUAAACUGAGGAUCAGCCCACAGGACUCAAUGCUGGAUCUAAGUAAUCCUUCGGUGCAAGCAGACAUCCUGGAGCAAAUGAACCAGAAGCUAAGGAGUUAUAACACAACUGCUGUUUUUCGCCUAACGUGGAGAAAACAAUCUGAUGGAAGAGUUUUUACCAAGGAGCCUUGAAGAAGUGGCUGAAGAGAGAAAAAUCAGGGGAAGUGAUUAAUAUGGAGGAUAAAUGUACUUUAACGGAGUAGCAUAGAGCAAUGUGAACAUAGUAUAGACACAGUUUUACAGAUUAGAAUAUUUUGGUGCGUAACAGCAAAGCCAGAUUAGACAUUUGCCAACGAAACUAUGUGUAAGAAAAAGUACACUAUGAUAAUGAAAAGUUAUACACCGUCUCUCUCUCUCUCUCUCUCUCU